GGGAAAUGGGAAACUCCGCCACCACCACAGCUGAACGUGAUUUGCAAGGAAGCGGUUUAGUUUCAGUUUACUUGCGUCAUUCCGUCUGCACUCUGCAGCAUUGGCAGGGAUACCAAGUUAACAUCAUUUAAAAGCUCCUGUGCAACUAUCUAAAUAUGAAGCGCGGACUCUUCACCAUAAUUGGGGUCACAACUGGGGCAGUUGGUGCUGUUGUAUUGGCUCCGGUGGCGCUCACCAUGGCUGGAUUCACCUCUGCUGGUAUAGCAGCUGGUUCUAUGGCUGCCAGCAUGAUGUCAUCAGCAGCCAUCGCCAACGGGGGAGGAGUGGCUGCGGGGAGUUUGGUCGCGCUCCUCCAGUCAGCAGGUGCUGCUGGGCUGUCUGCAGGUGCGGCAGCAGUCGUGGCAUCCGUGGGUGGAGCAGCAGGUGCUGUCGUAGGUGGAGCUGCAGAUUUGCUUUCUCGUUCCAAGAGUCCACCUUCACCUGAGGAGGAAGACUAUGAAGAGGAGGAAGAGAUUGAGAUGACCCAAGAGCUUAUGCUGAAAUAGAUCCUCUGUUAAUAACUGAUCAUAACAAUGUAGGCCUAUUUGCAGGAGCAAUUUGUGUAGUUGCAGUAAUAUAUCAAUUUUAUGCACGUGCUAUUCCAACUUAAAAAUAUGAGGUUUGCAAUUUGUAAUUUUACCCUGCUUUAGGAAAAAUUAAACAUUUGUUGUAUAUUUCUCCAGUGGAUACAGUUUGUGGGAAUGUUAUAGCCAUUUACUCCCAUGUUCUCAGUUACAAUAGGUUACCGGCGAUUUGUAAGUCUUUAGUCAAACGUCUCUCACAUGGUUGCCUUGUUCUUGUAAUUGACUUGUAUAACUUGGUCAGUAUAGACUCCGCAGUGAGCAAACAUCAACUAGCCUAAUUAACCAGAACCGUAUAAUCGAGCCUGCUUUCCUCCAGUUUGUCUGUUCCGCUCUAUUUGUUUAUGAUUUGGUUUCGGUUUCCUUUCUUGGCCAGUGUCAUUGUAGAUAAAAUACAAAAUGCAUAUCUAUAGUAUUUCAAACAUCGUUUGGAGAUCUUUGAAGCUGCUAUAAGGGAAAAAAGCAAAUAGCCUAUGUUAGCCUAUGGCUUUCUUGGGUGAUUUUAAAUCUUUACAAUUACAGAUGACAUUAGGUUAAACUGCUAACUUAACCAAUAAUCUAUCCUGUCAAACAAAGUUGCAUAGAUUUUUUGUCAAUUUUAACAAUUUUAUUUUCUUUUAUUUAAAGCAAUGUAGGCUGAUUUGUGAGUCAUCGCGCGCAUGCGUGUUUAAACUUUCAUGAGGAAAUCGAAACCUAGGCUACUACGUGGUUAAACAAUGAUGCGUGUUAAAAUGUUGUUGUUGUUGUUUUUUCUGUAAAUUUUUUAUUUUAUUUUAAUUAUUAUAAUGCAUCGAACAAUAAAAAACAGAACAGAUCGAACCUAUACGGGAAUUAAAUGAUAGAAUCUUCACAGAAGUUUCACAGAAAUAGAAAGAAAAAACAGGCUAAGAGUAGCCUAGAAACACACAGCGAAAACAUUAUGCAUCAAUGGUCAUUAUAACUUUACAUAAUCACGCUACAGGCUGCAUUCAGGACCAGAGCUUGUUUCUGAUGCAGUUUCAUUUCAGUUUCGAUUUCUUUUCUUGAAAAGGGAGACACCCAGAAUGCUAUUUAAGCAAGCUCUCGCGUAUAACAGAUCAGUAAAGCAAGAGCAUCCUGUGUUUGUUCGUUUUAACCUAGAGUCGAAUUAAUGGAUCCCUUGACGGUUCUUGCAGCAGGUGCAACAGCAGCUGGAGCAAUUGUUGCCGCUCCUGCUGUUCUAACAGCGGCCGGUUUCACCGCAGGGGGAAUUGCUGCAGGUUCAGUGGCCUCCACUUUGAUGUCAGCUUUUGCUGUGGCGAACGGAGGAGGGGUCGCCGCUGGAUCUGUGGUAGCUGUUCUUCAAUCUGCUGGUGCUGCUGGAAUCCCUUUGGCAGGUCAAGCCAUCGUGGGGGCUUUGGGAGCCACUGUGGGGGCAGUUGCUAGCAUGGCUAGCAAUUAUACUGUGUAACUAUAAAUCUGUGCAUUUAUGUAUGUUUCUAAAAAAAGAAACCAUUAUAUUAUUAUUAUCUCACUGUAUGUCUUAGUGAUUAACAUCAGUGGCCUAUCUGUAUCUGUUUAGGUGUAAGGGUGCUGUUUAUACGCAAAAAUAAAAAGUCUUUUUAUGUCAUUUAUUUAUCCUAAA